CCGCAAAAUCGCUCAACCUCCACCCUUCACCGCUUGACCUCCGCCCUCCGCUGCUCGACCUGCACUCUUCGCCUGUCUGCUGCUGUCUGCCGCUCGACCUUCAUUGUUUGCUGCCCGACCUCCGCUCUCCGCCGCCUGACCUCCGCUCUCCACCCCUCGGGUGGGCAUCAUCAAUUAACCUCCACUCCAGCCAUCGUCAUCGACAAAACACAAAGUUUGAGAGCUCAAGACAUCAACCUGGGGUUUGCGAUAGAGCCUAUCUUAAGUGGAAAUUUGCCUUCUGUCUUCGACGCAAGUACUCGCCGCAGUGUAAUCAUAUUGCAAACCGAUAAUGGUACUCCACUGCUGCAAAUGACGGUAAGCAACCAAACGACGAAAGAUAACUCUCAGUAUAGUCGCGACUAGACCACCGACUCUCAAAGAUAAGAACGAAAGAAAAAAGAGGUUUCUUAUUCUCCCUCUGUUAGCUUCUCUUUCUUUUCUUAUGUAUGCCCAAUUUUAACUUUCGUUGAUAGAAUUCGGUGCUUCUUAGCAGUUGGAGUGUAUUUUUGUAUUGUGUGGCGUUUCAUAUAUUUUGGGGCAAAAAGUGAAGUUAGGUGAUAAUUGUUUAGAGUAGGUCAAUGUUGUAUGCAGUUUCUCCAGUGAGUCCCUUUACGAGCAGCAGCAGCAACUGUUACCCUAGAAUCAAUUUUCAUCAGAAGCGUUUAGCUUCAACAAGGCUUAAUAAGGCCUCGGCCUCAGCGGGUCCCAAUGGAGCGAAGAUCGAGUACACUCCAUGGCUGAUUGUUGGCUUGGGCAACCCUGGAAACAAAUAUCAUGGAACUCGACAUAACGUUGGAUUUGAAAUGAUAUAUCGUAUCUCUCAAGAAGAAGGCAUUUUGAUGAACACUAUACAAUCCAAAUCAUUGAUUGGCACAGGUUCCAUAGGACAAGUCCCCGUUUUGUUGGCCAAACCUCAGACAUAUAUGAACUUCAGUGGAGAAUCGGUUGGGCGACUUGCAGCAUAUUAUCAAGUACCCUUGCGCCAUAUCCUACUGGUAUAUGAUGAAACGAGCUUACCAAAUGGAGUUUUGAGGCUUCAACCAAAAGGAGGACAUGGCCAUCACAAUGGGGUGAAGAGCGUAAUGCAACAUUUAGAUGGCCGUCGAGAAUUUCCUCGGUUUUGCAUAGGUGUUGGAAACCCUCCUGGUACAAUGGAUAUUAAAGCUUUUCUUCUUCAGAAGUUCAGUGCCUUGGAAAGGGAACAGGUGGAUGCUGCACUGGAACAAGGUGUUGAGGCCGUUAGGACACUUGUCGCAGAAGGAUUUAGCAAUCGGAUUAAUAGGUUUAAUAUUGGGCAGAAGUACAAAUAUCACAAAGUUUAAUUGAAUUCGCUUGUGAUAAAGAUUUCCUAUUUCUUUUGUUUCGUUUAUCACUAACUUUCCCGCAACCACCACUUAUCCUUUUUUAUCAUUUAUAUUUUGUAAAAAAUAUUCUCCCUAAACAAAAAAAUAAAAAAAGAAAAAUCUCUCAUGGGUGGUUGAUUCUCUUCAAUAGGAGCUGCAUGCUAUUCUGUUGCCAUCGGGGGUCUUUGAUUCCGUCGGUUGGUGUGUAGUUUUCCUUGUUAGGUUUUUAACUACUUUCUUGGUAAAUAUAGUAUUUUUUGGUAAAUAUAGUAUGUCUUUGUGUUCGGGGUUUUUGUAUGGCUUUGAGGAUGGAAUCUGAUUCUAUCAUAUCAGACGUGGGUACAAUCUUUAUUUAUUUACUUUUCGGUUUGUAUCAAUGAUAUCACAUA